UUACCCGACUUUGCUUCAUGAACACGAACAUGAACGACUGAACGCACCCACCAAACAGACAACAAGUGAAGCGUUCCGUUCAUUUCGUUGUUAAAGCAAGGUAGCAUUUUUAGGCCAGUGUAGUGUUAUACUUAACCUAGAGUGAAAAGGUGUUUGCCGACGGAAAUUGUGGUGUUUUCUGACGGCCGGGUCCUCAGUUUUGGACCUCCAACAUGACGGACGAAAGUCAGCCUAAAACCUUGUACGUCGGGAACUUGCACACGUCUGUGUCAGAGGAUCUUCUAUGUACUUUAUUUUGCCAAAUCGGGCCUGUGAAAGGUUGCAAGAUUAUUCGCGAGCAAGGCAAUGAUCCUUACGCUUUUGUGGAGUUCACCAACCAUCAAGCGGCCGCCACGGCGCUGGCCGUGAUGAACAAGCGGCUGUUCUUGGACAAGGAGAUCAAGGUAAAUUGGGCCACCUCUCCCGGCAACCAGCCCAAACAAGAUACCAGCAAUCAUCACCACAUAUUCGUCGGCGAUUUGAGUCCCGAGAUCGAGACUCAGACACUUCGUGAAGCUUUUGCACCAUUUGGUGAAAUUUCCAACUGCAGAAUUGUUAGAGACCCUCAGACCCUCAAGUCAAAGGGUUAUGCAUUUGUGUCAUUUGUGAAGAAGGCCGAGGCUGAAAGUGCUAUACAAGCUAUGAAUGGCCAGUGGCUUGGAAGCCGCAGUAUUCGUACUAAUUGGUCGACUAGAAAACCACCACCUCCACGAAAUGAAAGACCUCGACAUCCUGGUUCUGGCAAACCAGCAUCUUAUGAUGAAGUCUAUAAUCAGUCAAGUCCUACUAAUUGCACGGUUUACUGUGGAGGAUUUACUAAUGGUAUUAGUGAUGAAAUAAUCCAGAAAACCUUUACUCCAUUCGGCACAAUUCAAGAUAUACGGGUGUUUAAGGACAAAGGUUAUGCCUUUAUCCGAUUUGCUACCAAAGAAGCUGCCACACAUGCCAUUGAAGCUAUUCACAAUACUGAAAUUAAUGGCCAGACUGUGAAAUGCUUUUGGGGCAAGGAGUCUGGAGAUCCCAACAACCCUCCACAGCCAGGAGCUCAACCCACGGCCCAGCCACAAGCUGCUCAACCGCAAACGCCGCAGCCUCAAACUCAAACAGCUGCAGCAGCUGCAGGUCAAUACCCUUAUGCGUAUGGACAACAAAUGGGUUAUUGGUAUCCCCAAUCUUAUCCUGCAGCGGCUGGCAGUCAGUAUCUACAGAGCAUGCAGCCCAGCUAUACUGCUACUUAUGGCCAGUUCAGUUAUCCUCAGGCCUAUGUUCAGAGAAUGGGUUUGCAAGUACCUUGGCAGGCCAUGCAAGCGCAACCCACAGCCGCCGCAGCCGCAGCAGCGGUGACAAGUCAGCAAGUAAUGGCAGGGCAAGCUCCACUCCAGCCACCAGCAAUGAUGUAUGCCAUGCAACAAUUCCCAACGCCUCAGUGAAGCAAACAGAUUGGAUAAAGAAAUGCCUCUUCGUGAGGUGUGAAAAUAAUCUCAGGAUUGGCUACUGUGGGUCUUUAUCCAUGGUAAAUUAUUAUAAACGAAUGAUAGGCUGUCAUAUUGAUAGCUUGACUGAUUAUAUA